CCACAUAUAAAACCCCUACCAAAUUCAAUGAAAACAAAAGAUUGUACGUUGUUGGCCUUGUGGGUUCUAGAGCUAGAGACGAGACGAGACAGAGCAAAAAAGCUAAAUGAGUUCAACGACAAUAUUGUCGGCUAAACCCUCAUUCUCGCUGAAACGAAGCCGGAACCCACUCAGCAGGUGCAACUGGCUGUCCAUGAAAACGAGCCAUUCUUGUCUCCGAUUGGCACCGCGCAUGAGGCUUGCCGGUAUCGCAUUCUGUGAAGCACCAUACAACGCUGCUACCCAUUUGGUGGUGCAGGACGAUCUCGACGCUCUCUUGCAGAUUCUUCCAUGUGACUUACGUGACAAUCUCCUAAAUGAACCUAAGAGAAGCCAACUUUUAGAGGUUAUUUUGGAUCUGGGUCGUUUUCCAGAAGCACGCUAUCUUGGUGAAUUUGGAGGGCAGUAUCUUAGGAGUAGUAAGGUGUCAGUGAAGGAGUUGGAGUACGCUCAAAAUGCUGUUGGAGAAUUUGGAGGGGACAAUAGAGCUGGCAUUGAAGGUACCUUGCACAGGAUAUCUGCAAUCAGGAGUAGAAAUGGGAUGAUAGUUGGUUUGACUUGCCGAGUUGGCAGGGCAGUCAGUGGACAUGUUGACAUGGUUUAUGAUCUGCUUCAGUAUGGGAAGAGCAUCUUGUUUGUUGGAAGGCCUGGGGUUGGCAAGACGACUGUUAUGCGAGAGAUUGCCCGCAUCUUGUCAGAUGAAUUUCACAAAAGAGUGGUGAUUGUCGACACAAGCAAUGAAAUAGGUGGGGAUGGGAAUGUUCCACAUUCAGCGAUAGGAGGCGCACGAAGAAUGCAGGUACCAGAACCAUCCAUGCAACAUAGAAUCAUGAUUGAGGCAGUAGAGAAUCACAUGCCUGAGGUGAUCAUGGUUGAUGAGAUUGGCACAGAAGCUGAAACUCAUGCUUGCCGCUCAAUUGCCGAGAGAGGCGUCAUGCUUAUUGGUACUGCUCAUGGACAGCGGCUUGAGAAUAUAAUAAAGAACCCUACACUCUCUGACCUGGUUGGAGGAGUAGAAACUGUUACUUUGGGAGAUGGUGAAGCCCGAGCUAGAAAUAGUCAAAAAACCAUUCUAGAAAGGCAAGCUCCACCAACAUUUGAUUUCUUGAUUGAGAUGAGAGACAGGCAUUAUUGGAUUGCACAUAAGACAGAGAAGAGCGUGGACAUGUUGCUUCGAGGCAAAAACCCUCAGGUUGAGGUCAGGAAAAGGGAUAAAAAAUUCAAGGUUGUAAUAGAAAGAUCAAAAGCAUAUGACACAUGUGACCCUUAAUUAUUUUUCUCUUUGUUUCAUCUUUAUAAUUUUUUGGCCAAUUAGUGCCCAUUAUUUCACCACAUUGCUGUAAAUGAGUCUUAGAUGUAGGCCAUUUCUAAAUUUGUUUUGCCUCU